AUGAGUUCUUCAAACUUGAAAUGGGUUUACGGGCCAACACAUCGAGCCCAAGAUGUGUCAAAUGAGGCUGUUGACGAAUACAAAAGCAUCGUUCGACAGCUUUACCUAGACCAGAACAGGACGCGCGAAGAAGUUCUAAGCCACCUCCGAGAUGCUCAUGGGUUUUCGUUGUCUACGAACCAAUUCUCCAAAGCCACGAAACGCUGGGGCUUUUACAAGCAACCUCGGCAAGUCAAACCGGAUGUACAGCCUCCUGAGUCAAUAGAUGAGGAGGUCGGGCCCUAUCCACUCAUUCCACUGGAUGAACUCUUGUAUUUCGAGCCGGAUGUUCUCGACACGACUGACGAGACUGAAGCUUGCUUUGAGGCUGAUGGUGAGAAUUGUGCAGAUUUGCGGAUUCUCGAAGCUGUUGAAGGGCAUUUCCCAUCUACCAGAAGACAUGUCGUUUCCGAACCGCCUCCUUCCAUCAACGAUUGGGGGUCGGAGGCCAUUGGUGUUGACUUUCCAUGCGAGGCUCUGCCUUUCGGUUUAGAGAGCUUUAAAAGCCAUCUUCAUCAACUGAACACCGCCCGAAAACUACAAAAAGGGCCACAUUCUAUCAGCUCAAAGAUGACCAACCUGAUCCCUUAUAACGAUCAUAUCAACAAGUCCCGUGUUGAUUAUUUCGUUUGCUGUUACCUCUUCCAAGAAGCCGUUGACUGCUUAGGAAAAUUCGAGAAGAGCGUCGAUAAACGGGAACGACAAGUUACAAGAAGCGAUAUGGACAAGCUUUUCGCACAAUAUUACAGAGACGAAGACAAACUAUUAGCAACACCGAACGAAUCCCUCGACAUGUGGUCCAUUCUUUACCUCCUAGAGGCAAGACAGCUCGUGAUCCCGGACGAUCUUCUUCUUGAUAGGUUAGACACAAACGAUCUGCAGUUUAUGACUGUAGUGAAGGCAUGCUUGGAAUUGUGUGAGGAGUGGAUCGAGCUUGUGAGAAAAGGGCUACCAAAGGUUGCUUUCCAGUUUGACAGCCUCUGUUUGCACCAGACUGCAGGCAAAGCCGUGCAUAACCUUUGCCAUCCCCUGUAUGAACAGGGUCGUUUUGACAUAUGGCUAGAGGCCGGAUACCUUUUUGCUUUUAUUUGGAGCAAUGAGCAACGAAAGGCCGCAAGCUAUUGGUGUUGGUUGAGAGAAGCUGAGAUAUCUGGACUAUCUCCGACGUAUUUCCUGGCUAUUAUUUGUCAGAUGAUUGUCUAUGUAACGGCUGUUUCUUAUCCAAACAUCUGGAGGAUCGUAUGCGAAGGAGAUGCUGCUGCUAAAAUUAUCUGCGCGGUAUAUCUGCAAUCAAUCGACUAUAUGAAGAGCUGCGAAUCACGAAGCUUCAAAAGAUUGUUUAUCUACUUCUUUUUCAAUCAUCAUACGCGGUCUGAUCUGGACCCAGAGGAGAGAAAAGCUCUAGAGAGCGUCCAGUCUUAUCAGAGGAGAGCUGCAGACUUUGCUUACAAAGAGGAGCCAGAUAUCUUGACCCAAAAGGUCAACUCCGCCUUGUACUCUGAGAGUUACUCAUAUGUCCAUCAGCAAUAUCUCAGCUUACUGAAGGGCAACCCCACGAUGACUCGAUCGCUGGCCUCAGGGUCAUCUCGAGGAUCUUCAUUGAAUUCGUUCAGGGCGUUCCAGGCAGCAAGUCGGGCUAUGGAGACAUGCCUGAAGAAGGAUUAG